CGCACAUGUGGAUCUGAGACUCCUGAAGAAAAAUCGGCGCUUUCUUCCAUAUCCGGCAAAGCAUGUCAAACAUACUAUACAUGUUUAGUGUCGUUGUCUAGACAACUAUCUAGAAAACCCCACACAACUACACCUUAGGCAUCUUAUCAAGGCCCCUUAGUCCAACUACUUGCUACGGCAUGAGCACCCCGACAAUGAGACGCGCUGAUGGGGUCCAAUGGCAACGCGACGACAACGCCUGAGGUCGACACGCGCCGGAGGUCACAGCGCCGCCCCAUCCCACCCGCCCAAGCCACCGCCGCCGCUGCCACGAAAGCGCUGGCCGAGAGGAAGGGUAGGGGGAAGGGGAAGGGGAAGGCGGCGGUGGAGGAGGAGGAGGCGCCAGAGCCCCAGCCUCUCCCGGCGCCCAUGGCGAGCCUGCGCCCGGUGCAGGGUUUAGGGUGCGAUGCGGCGGUGGGGUCGCUGGUGCCCAGCGGGAGCCGGGAGUUCAAGCUCUGCAGCAAGCACACUGAGGGCAUGCAUCCGCUCUACGCCAUCAGCUUCAACUUCAUCGACGCCCGCUACUACGACGUCUUCGCCACCGCCGGCGGCAAUCGUGUGACGACGUACCGUGGCCUCCCCGACGGUAACUUGGCUGUUCUGCAAGCAUACAUUGAUGCGGACGAUGCUCAGUCAUUCUACACUCUGAGCUGGGUUUCUGACCUUCGCAGCACACCACUGCUAGUGGCAGCAGGAACCAAUAUGGUCAUUCGGGUCAUCAACUGUGCCACCGGGAAGUUGUUUAAGAGUUUUAUUGGCCAUGGUGGUUCAAUAAAUGAGAUCAGAACUCAACCAUUGAAUCCUUCGCUCUUCAUUUCUGCAAGCAAGGACGAGUCUGUUAGGCUAUGGAAUGUCCAUACAGGGAUCUGCAUCUUGAUUUUUGCUGGAGGAGGAGGUCACCGUCAUGAUGUAUUGAGUGUUGACUUCCACCCUUCUGAUGUGCACCGAAUUGCCAGUUGUGGCAUGGAUAAUACAGUUAAAAUAUGGUCAAUGAAAGAAUUUUCGCCAUACGUGAAGAAAUCCUUUACAUGGACUGACCUUCCAUCAAAAUUUCCAACAAAAGUUGUCCAAUUUCCGCUUAUGACUUGCGUGGUGCAUUCUAACUAUGUUGACUGUACUAGGUGGCUUGGUGACUUCAUCCUGUCGAAGAGUGUCGAAAAUGAAAUUGUUCUGUGGGAGCCAAAAACAAAAGAGCAGGGUCACGGCGAGGUGAUGCAGUUUUACUUUUAAAGAACUAUAGGGCUU